AGUGGAACUGGCCGGGCUCCUGGGCGCGCCAUGCGCAGCACCACACUACUGGCCCUGCUGGCGCUGGUCCUGCUGUACUUGGUGUCCGGUGCCCUGGUGUUCCAGGCCCUGGAGCAGCCCCACGAGCAGCAGGCUCAGAGGGAGCUGGGGGAGGUCCGAGAGAAGUUCCUGAGAGCCCAUCCCUGUGUGAGCGACCCGGACCUGGGGCUCUUCAUCAAGGAAGUGGCUGAUGCCCUGGGAGGGGGUGCGAACCCUGACACCAACUCAACCAGUAACAGCAACCACUCAGCCUGGGACCUGGGCAGCGCUUUCUUCUUCUCAGGCACCAUCAUCACCACCAUCGGCUACGGCAACGCGGCCCUGCGCACGGAUGCCGGGCGCAUCUUCUGCAUCUUUUAUGCUCUGGUGGGGAUCCCGCUGUUCGGGAUCCUGCUGGCAGGGGUCGGGGACCGGCUGGGCUCCUCCCUGCGCCGCGGCAUUGGUCACAUCGAAGCCAUCUUCCUGAAGUGGCAUGUGCCACCAGAGCUGGUGCGAGUGCUCUCCGCGGUGCUCUUCCUGCUGGUCGGCUGCCUGCUCUUUGUCCUCACGCCCACCUUUGUGUUCUGCUACGUGGAGGGCUGGAGCAAGCUGGAGGCCAUCUACUUUGUCGUAGUGACGCUCACUACCGUGGGCUUCGGGGACUAUGUGGCCGGCGCCAGCCCCAACCAGAACUCAGCAGCCUACCAGCCGCUGGUGUGGUUCUGGAUCCUGCUCGGCCUGGCAUACUUCGCCUCCGUGCUCACCACCAUUGGGAACUGGCUGCGAGUAGUGUCCCGGCGCACCCGGGCAGAGAUGGGUGGCCUCACGGCGCAGGCCGCCAGCUGGACCGGCACCGUGACGGCGCGGGUGACCCAGCGAGCCGGGCCCGCCGCUCCACCGCCGCCGGAGAAGGAGCGGCCACCGCUGCCUCCACUGCCGUGCCCAGCGCAGCCCGCCGGCAGGCCCCUGUCCCCCGCGCCCCCGGAGAAGGCCGAGCCGCCCUCCCCGCCCACGGCCUCGGCGCUGGAUUACCCCAGCGAGAACCUGGCCUUCAUCGACGAGUCAUCGGACACGCAGAGCGAGCGCGGCUGCGCGCUGCCCCGCGCGCCACGGGGUCGCCGCCGCCCCCCCAAUCCCCCGAGGAAGCCUGCGCGGCCCCGGGGCCCCGGGCGCGCCCGGGACAAAGGCGUGUCCGACUAG